AUGGUUGGAACGUGGAAGAAAAUGUCUUCCGAAGAGAUCCGGCUUGCUCAGAAGUGGUACGAUCAGGAAUCGUUGGCGCCGUCGCAAAUAGCUCAACGUCUUGGCCGUGACAAGUCUGUCAUCACCCGCCUCCUCGUCAAGCAAGUUCCUCGUAAGAAGCAGGGCCGUCGACAGCUCCUAACCGAGCCUCAAGUCGAUCAGCUUCUACGUCGCCUGCACCAGAUGAUCGUCUCCGCCGAUGCGAAGUACCACGUGACAGUGCAGAUGUUGCGCAAAGCCACCAAAACCAAGGCCAGCGAGCGCAUCAUCUUGGAGGCCUUGCAUCGUCGCGGGGUCUACUUUCGGAAACUUCGUGAGAAACCCUUGCUGACUGCAGAAGACAUCCGAGCUCGCUUCGCCUUCGCCAAGCGCUACAAGGACAAGUCUGCGUCAUGGUGGAAUUGCAACGUCCAUGCAUUUCUUGAUGGAAAGCACUUCAAAACCUACCUGACGUCGGCUGCCAGGAAGAUGGCGGCCCAGCAUCGAACCUUCGGUGCCUACCGUGCUCCUGGACGCGGCUUGAGUGGUGGCUACGUCAAGCCAAAGAAGGGUCUGGCCGCAAGCACAGGCUCGAAGAGCUGCUUGGUCAUGGGCGCCAUCGGGAAGGGUAGAGUGCUGCUGUGGCAUGUCGUUCCCUCCGGCCGAUGGACUGGACAGGCUGCUGCGGACAUGUAUGCUGGGCCCUUGAAAGCCGCUGUGGAGCGCGCUUGGCCCCGCAAGCGUCAGCAUGCCGUGCUGGAGGACAACGACCCUACCGGCUUCCAGUCCAACAAGGGCAAGAUGGCGAAGUGUGAGAGCGGCAUUUCCACCUUUGCAAUACCUAAAAGAUCCCCCGACCUGAACCCCAUGGAUUUCUGUAUCUGGUCGGAGAUCAACCGGCGCCUCAGGCGCCAAGAGGCCAAGUGGUCAGCCGCAAAGCGGGAAACCCGGCCUCAGUACCUGGCACGCUUGCGUCGUACAGCUCGCAAGCUGCCAGAGUCCCUCAUCACGAGUGCCAUUGGUGACAUGAAACGUCGUUGCCAGCCGCAGAAUAAAGCCGUUUCAGCCCGCUGUGCUUUCUUCCAUGCAUUGCAUGGAAAGACGCAGACUAUAGUCCUUCUUGCCAUGCCGGCCGUGCUUAGUCGACCGCUGCGACGGUUGAGGGACAAGACUUGGCUUGGGUUCGAGCUGCUGGAUGAAGAACCUGCAUGGCACAAGCGCAUUUGCUUCCGUCUAGAGACGGACGCAGAUGAGCCAUUGGUCCCUGUGCAGCAAUAUUCUUAUCUGCAGGAGGAAAGCCUGCAGCCGGAGUGCUCGCAAGCCUCCAAGCAAGUCUAUCUCGUCACGCUGCCAGCGCUCCGCCGCCUGAGCGAUGCCGACUCCAAGCCUGGACUGCAGUGUCCGAGCACUUGGGACCACGAAACUGUGGCACGUGUGCUCUUGGAUGCUUUCCAGCGGCCUGUUUGCAGCAACAACAACGCAGCAUGGGGCCACUCAGUGCAGCUGGAGGCAUUCGUCGUCUUCCGAGAGCAUCAUGCUCCCAGAGAUGGCGAGGCCCGUGGGCCAGCUCACUGGCACAUUGCGUUGAAGGCGUCCUCCUGUUUCCGCUUCGCUGCCUUCAAGCGUGCUCUCUCUGUGCACCAUGGCAUAGCAAGCCAUUGGAGCUGCUCACGCACGGGGUACUGGUCUGCAGUGAGGUACGGCUACCUGCCAAGUCCUACCAAGCCGCAGGAUGCCUUGGACCCAAGCCCCUUCACCUGGGCGCGAGAUGGCUGCCACCGCAAGUUGUUUGAGGUUUGCCAGGAGCCUACAACUGCAAACGCUUUGAGCAGGCGACGGGAGACCAAGGUCAAAGCGGCAUAUGAGGAAGGCAAGCCGGAGCCGAGGCCAUCCGAGAUUGACCUCUACGCCAUCAUUGUACGGCAUGGCUUUCGCAACACUGACGACGACCACACGGCCGCAGAGCGAUUGAUCCAGUGGUUGAAGCAGUAUGGAUCCCCGGGGUUGGUGAGCUUUGCCUUCAAGAACCGGCAAAAGCUUCCAGGCAUCAUCGACGAUGUCUGGUCUUGGGAGAAUGUUGACGACUUUCUCCAGGCCAACGCCCUGACGCGGAAGCAACGCUUGCAGCAAGCUUUGACGGAGCCUUGCCAGUGCGGUGGGAUGUGGCUCCAGUGCGCGGUCCAACUGCUACAGCGCAACCACAUCCACAUUCCGGACAUCUGCUCGCAUCUUCAGCGCAGCCUUUUGCUGGGAAGGCGUGAAGAUGUCCCAGUUGUCGUCCUCAUGGGUCGCUUUGGUGGCGAGGGCAAGUCAUUCUUACUCUCCCCGCUCCGCACUCUUUUUGGUGUGGAGAAUGUGCAGGCCACGCCUCAGCCCGGAUCCUUCCCGCUGCUCGGCCUUGAACGCCGGAAAGCAGUUCUGCUGGAUGAGUGGGCCUUUGACACAUCGGUUCUGGCGCUCCCCACGCAGCUGCUCUGGUAUGAAGGCAAACCGUUUCCUUUGACUAGGCCACAGAACAAAGACUUCAAUGGGCAUCUUCUCUAUCAAGGCACAGCUCCCAUCUUCGUGACUUGUAAAGAAAAGGAGCUAGCCCCCAUUGUUUCCAAGGCCCACGAAGCCGCGCAGUUGGGUAAGCCCAGUGAGUGGACGAUGUUGCUGCGCCGUCUUCGCCUUUUCACGUUUACUGUGCCCUUCCCCGUGAGCACUUGUAAGAUUCCAGAGUGUGCGACCUGCUUCGCUCGACUUCUUAAUUCGUACGCAGUGCCAAUGAACUAG